AUGGUUCUAGGAUUAGCAGACGUGCCCCCAGGUGUGUCUCAUUUACUUUUUGUUGAUGAUAGUUUCUUUUUCUUCUGGCCUGAUGUUAAGGAAUGUCAUACUGUUAAAUAUAUUCUAGCCACUUACGAGGGUGCAUUUGGUCAAGCCAUUAAUUUUCAAAAAUCUGGAAUUUUCUUUAGUGCUAAUACUUCUGAUGCAACUAAAUUUGAAGCUUUUAAUAUUUUGGAUAUUUCUACUCCUCUCAAUCAUGGUAGGUACUCGGGCCUUCCAUUCUUAAUAGUCAAGAAUAAGAAGCAAGUGUUUGCCUAUUUGAAAGAGUGGGUUUGGAAGCGUAUAUGCAGUUGGAAGGGAGUUGCAAAGAAUGAUGAAUUCUUUUUGGUGGGGUUCUAA